AUGGACAGGUUCACAUACCUUCGAUCGUCGCUAACUGGCGAUGCUCUUCAAGAGAUAAGCUCCGUCGAACUUUCUGCUGCCAAUUACCCGGUGGCGUGGACUGCACUUGAAGAUCGCUACCACAACCAGAAGCUCAUCCUCAAGCCAUACCUGGAUGCCAUCUUCAGAAUUAAGCCGAUGCGGAAGGAAAGUUUCGAAGCGCUGAGCCAGCUUAUCAGCGACUUCGAGAAAAACCUUCAGAUGCUGCAGAAAAUGGGGCAGAACACCGACGGCUGGAGCACGAUUCUAGUGCACAUGGUUUGCUCAAGGUUGGAUGGAGUCACGCUGCGAUUUUGGGAAUCGUCGCACAACUCCAAGGAAGUGCCUGCCUACCGGAACUUGAUAAACUUCCUGAAGAAUCAUUGUGCGGUUCUUCAAUCAGUUGGAUCGAGUCAUUCAGUCUCCGCCGAUUUGAAGAAGCCGAAGCUAAGUGUCAGCCAUUCCUCAACGUCCAUUGGUCGGUGUUGCUUUUGUUCCGAACCAUUUCAUCCUGUGUUUUCGUGCAAGCGGUUCAUGAAGCUGAAGAUCUCGGAGCGGUACGAUGCAGUGCGGAGAAACGGCCUGUGUAUGAACUGCUUAUCGUCAGGUCAUUUUGCCCGGAACUGCAGCAAAGGUUCGUGUCGUCAAUGCGGGAAGAAGCAUCAUUCCCUCCUCCACACAGAGAUGAACAGUGCCAGCACGAAGUCAUCCGUUCCACAGACGACGAAGAGACAACCAAGUGAGCACCUCUAA